CCCCGCUAUGUCGCCAGCCUGGUUUUCUACACUUUUGAGGUGCGGUGGAAAUGCAAACCACACAGAUUGCCAAGAAUGAUUUUACCAGGGUAAAUACAAUCCUGUUAAUCGAGGUCCCUGGAAGUGUUGGCUAUUUAUGAACUGAAAAAUUGAGGAGAAAAUUACUAAAAGCCAAAGAAAGUAAAAUUAUAAAGAUAAACAAAGUGAAAAUAAAGCUUUUUUUUUUUUUUUACUAGGUUUUUUUUUUUUCAAGGAUUCUUGGGCCUUGCUAAAAAUACUUAAAUUAUGCAUUUCACAUCAAAUUAAAAAACAAAUACACAGUAAUAAAUAAGAUAUUGAAAUAUACUAAACAAAUGCAUAAAUAGGUUGUGUUUUUAAAAAAGAAGGAAAAGGAACUAUGAGCAUAGGAUCCAUGACUGACCUGUGAGGAUCCAUUGGGGUGAGUGAAGCCGCUGUUGGUGUCCAUCAUGUUGCAACGUGCAGGUCAAUGUUUGUCAGGUCAAAAGGUGAAUGAAGCCCCCCCACCUCUACCACCUCUCAUCCCCGUCCUCCUCCUCUUCCUGUCUUUAACUUCUUCUCUUUGUCACUCUGCACGAACUAGUUUGCACGCUCUGCUCUCACGUCCUCAAAAAAGUGUCCCACAGUCAUGUCCUGUUGUCUGCUCCGUGCUGCAUUCGAGGACACGCGAGCAGUCGUCUCUACGAGCACUCGUCGUUCCGUCUUCUCUAUACAGGCGUGGAUCAAAGUUCCCUGCGAUAAGGUGACCAGCCUGCAGUGUGUUUAUGGCUCUGCUGCUGCUGUUGGUUAGUUAGUUAGAGCAGCGCGGAGCAAAGACAGCUGAGGACAUGAACAGACUCUACUCGGUGCAGCUGGACCAGGUCAGCCAAGAGACUGAGCCCAAAGAGUCCUUCAAGUUUGUGUCUGAGGUGAUGAAAGAUGGCGAAGAAGAGAGGCUGGAGCCUUGCUGCUGCCUCAGUGUCAGCAAGAUGUCCUACUCUGUCAGUGAGCGCGUGGGGCCCUGGUGGGACUUGCCCUCCCACAGGAAGAGAUGGACUCGUCAGAUCCUUAACGACGUCUCCUUCCAUGUGGACAGCGGGCAGAUUAUGGGCAUCCUGGGCAACUCGGGUUCCGGAAAGACCACAUUGUUAGACGCCAUCUCGGGAAGGAUCGGAAACUCUGGGACACUGUCGGGCGAAGUAUUUGUUAACGGAAGGAAACUAGCAAGAGAACAGUACCAGGACUGCUUCUCUUAUGUGCUGCAGAGUGACAACCUGCUGAGUUAUCUGACUGUAGAGGAGACUUUGACCUACACGGCCCAGCUGGCUCUCAAAAAACACUCUGCUAAAGCCAUACACAAGAAGGUGUCUGCGGUGAUGGCAGAGCUCAGUUUGAGUCACGUGGCCCACAGUGUCAUCGGUGGCCGGAUAUUCCCAGGAAUCUCUGGAGGCGAGAGGAGGAGGGUCUCCAUCGCCAGCCAGCUCCUUCAAGACCCCCGGGUGAUCCUAUUGGACGAGCCCACCACGGGACUGGACAGCAUGACGGCCAAUCAGAUCGUGGUGCUGCUGGCGGAGCUGGCCCGCAGGAACCGCAUCGUCAUUGUCACUAUCCACCAACCUCGCUCCGAACUUUUCAGGGUGUUCAGCAGGAUUGCUGUGAUGAGUCGUGGCGAGUUAGUCUUCUGUGGACAACCAGAGGAGAUGGUGGACUUCUUCAGCCAGUGUGGAUACGAGUGUCCCGAAUACUGCAACCCCUUUGACAUCUAUGUGGACUUAACCUCGGUGGACACACGCAGCAGCGAACGCGAGGCCGCCACCUUCAGUCGCAUGCACGAGAUCACGUGCUCCUACCAGAUGUCGGCCAUCUUCCAGAGUAUGGUUGGGAAGAUGACGCAGAGCCUGCAGAGGCAAGACAAGGCCGCCAUUCCUUUUAAGAGCAAAGAGUCGCCCAGCGGUGCCGCCAAGCUGGGUGUGCUGCUCAGGCGGACCAUGCGGAACCUGUCCAGAGACCGUAUGGGGGUCAUCAUGCGUCUGUCCCAGAAUCUGAUCUAUGGCCUCUUUGUGGCCUUCUUCGUCAUGCAUCUGGACAUGGACGUCGCUAAGGGGGCCGUGCAGGACCGCAUCGGCAUCAUCUACCAGAGCGUCGGAGCCUCGCCGUACACAGGAAUGCUGAACGCCGUCGCUCUCUUUCCUGCCCUGAGAGCCAUUGGUGACCAGGAGAGUCAGGAUGGCUUGUACAGUAAAUGGCAGAUGUUCCUGGCUUACAUCUUCCACAUCCUGCCCUUCAGCAUCCUCAGCAUCUUCAUCUUCACCUCCUUCCUCUACUGGACUGUGGGGAUGCACCCGGAGACUUGGCGCUUCCUGUGUUUUACUGCAGUGGUCAUGGUUCCUCACAUUAUUGGUGAGCUGCUGACUGUGGUUCUGUUGGGAGUGGUCCAAGACCCAAACAUGGUGAACACUGGAAUGGCUCUGCUCAACAUAGCAGGGAUCCUAGUGGGCUCUGGAUUCCUGCGAAGUAUGGCGCAGAUGCCGACUGUGUUCCAGUGGCUGAGCUACUUGACGUACCAGAAGUACAGCUGUGAGCUCCUCAUCGUCACAGAGUUCCACGGACUUCACUUCACAUGCAAUCAUUCCAGACCAUUCCCAGGAGACUGUCUCAUCACUCAAGGCGAUCAGAUCAUCGAUGAAGGCUACCCCGGCGCUGUGUCCCGCUACACUCUGGACUUUGUCCUACUGUAUGCCUUUCUUCCCGCACUACUGCUGCUGGGCAUGGUCAGCUUCAAGAUCAGAGACCGGCUGGUGCUCCACUGACCUCUUCUUUCAGCAGCACUGGACACAUUAGGUAUAUCUGCACAAUCUAAAAAAACUGCAUUUACAAAGAUAAUGCUCACUUUUAUUGUCAUUUUUUCAUGUGGUCAAAUGAAGUAACCAGUGUAACCAGUCUCAACUGCACUGUUGAUCAGGUUACUACAGGGACCCAGCAAUAAGUGAAUGUUUUUGCGCUUUCAGAAUUGACUGUUGUAAUGUAAAAUGUUUAUUCUUCAACAUAUAGGACUUACAGAAUACUAAUAGUACAAAAAAGCAAGAGUAAUAGUAGUAAUAGUAGUAGUAGUAGUAAUGUAGUAGUAAUGUUUUAAUAAGCUGUUUCAAUAUGUUGUAAUAUUUGUGGCAGUUUGCCUUUGAGCAAAGCACUGAUUCCCAUGUAUGUAAUAAAUAUGUACAGUAUGAAGGGGACUAAUAAAUAGUUAUUUCUUCAUGUACAUGAUUUUUGUGCUUGGCUUUGUCCUUAAGUGUGUAAAAAAGCUUUGCCAUUCUUCCAUUGUUUGCAUCACUUAUCCUGUUCAGGAUUCAGGAGCCUCAUGUCCUAUGUGUCCAG